AUGGGGGCCUCCGUUCGCGAAUUGAUGAAAAAGGAGAAGGAGAGACGGGAGAAGGAAAGAAGAGAGAGAGAACGAAUCCAACAGGCCCUUGCAGCAGCUCGUGCCACCACUUCUUUACCCAAAGCUUCAUCUUUGUCUCUCUCUUCUGCCUCUUCCUCCGCCUCUUCUUCUGCCUCUUCCUCCGCCUCUUCUUCUGCCUCUUCGUCUGUCUCUCCUCUCGGUUCCACCUCGUCUUCCCCUGCGGCGGGCGCUUCGUCCCUCUCUCCUCGAGUGAAGAGAGAAAAGACGCAGGAAGCCUCGUCCGGGAGCCACCAGGCUUCGUGCCUACCCGACAGAAAGGAGACAGAGCCGGAAGGGGUAUCCUCGGAGGAGGCGGCAGGCGGCUACAACCUUCUCGGGGGAGCCUACGGCGAGGACGAGGCGGAGGAAGACGAAGGGGAGACAAACAGAGAGGAAAACCGAGAAUCAGGUCACACAGAAGGCCAUAUGGAAGAAAGAAGAGCGCGUGCAACCGAUGGCGACAAAGACGUGGACGAGAGUGGUUUGCCGGCAGACUUUUUCGAUGCACCUUUUGACGAAACCGAGAAGGACGGCGAAGGAGACGAGGCGCGCGAAGCAGCGAGAGAACUGGAGGGAAGAAGAGAGGCAGAAGCGCUCGGCCGAAGCGGCGUGUCCCGCCUCGAGGACUUUGUAAAGGAAGCAGAAGAGGAAGACGUGGAAAUCGCUUUUGAAAUCGAGGAACCGAGUGCCGACCUCCUCGUUCCCCUGACUAAGGAAGCGCGAGCCGCCGCAAAAUCCGAGGACAGCGGAGAGACUGAGAGCAAAACGGCCCAGGAGACGCCGGACCAUGACGCGCCAGUAAGCUGUAAGGAGACGCAAGAGGAAGAAAAAGGGCGAGCGGCUAUGCGGCCAACGGUGAAGAGCGAGGCCGAACGCGAUGACAGGGAAGGACAGACGCGCAGCGACAAGGCGCCGGAAGAGGAGACGCGCAGAAACUACGACGAACUUUCUUCCUCACUCAGUGCGGCGCUCCUGGUCUCGUCUGUGGACGAAAUGCGCUGGUACAGCCCGUACGCGACCGUCUUGCACAGCGAGAUUCUCCACGAAGAGACGCAGUUGGAGGAUCUGCGCGAGCGCGUGGAGGCCGCGACUCGCCGGCGAGCCGCGGCGCGCGAAGAGGCUACAGGACACGCGAAGGCGCGAGGGCGAAUGGCCCGGGGCGAGGAGGGCGAGCGUGGGAGGCAGGCGAAGGACGAAGCGGAGCUGGCGGCAGAGUAUCUCCUUUCCGUGGAACGCGAAAUGAAGCGUGCCGGCGGGGAGCGCGCGCGCGGAGGAAGUCGCGAAGGCACGGAAGGCCCGCGAGAGGCGAGAACGGGCGCGGCGGACGGGGAGGGCGAGUUGCCGGUUGGCUUUUUCGAUGACGAAGAUCGCGACGCAGAGGCCAGAGGCCUCGUCGGGUCACGCAAACUGAAAGAGAUGCUGGCGCGCAUUGCCGACAAGAGAAAAGAAGUUGCAGACGACUUGAAGCUGCAGAAAGAAGACGCUCUGCAACAGAGACAGGACGUCCGCCGGUUCCUCUCCGAACUCGAGGAAGAAGAACAGAAGGCGGCUGCGUACCGCAUGCGCGUGCUGAAGCUGAAGGAGACGCGGGAGCGAGCACACAAAACCCGAGACAGAGGAGACGAAGACAGCGAAGACACGCGAGGGGAGAGAGUGAAGAACGGAGAGACGAAAAAGGAGGUGCGCGACGACGAAGGCAAGGGAGAGGCGGCGAAGGAAACAGCGACUCGAGUGCAGAAAUUGGAAAAACAAGAGAGCGGUGGACACAUACGUGUAAAGAGAAAGAGAGAGGAAGAGGAAGAAGAGGAAGAAGAAGAGGAAGAAGAGGAAGAGGAAGAAGAAGAGGAAGAAGAGGAGGAAGAGGACGAGGGGGGAGACGAUUUUGCGUGGCGUGCAAAGUCGUUGGUAAAGGCCUAG